AUGAUGUGCUCCACGAGUGCUCCUCCUGCUGAUGUUGAGGUAUCAGCGGAGGGCCUGGAGAUCGGAGCUUCCAUCAAGGCCAAGGGUGACGCCAUUCGAGACCUCAAGGCUGGGGGAGUUUCCAAAGACGAACUCAAGCCGCACAUCGAGGAGCUGCUGGAGCUCAAGCAGCUGUACGUCAAGGCUACGGGCACAGCGUUCGGUCCACCCCCGUCCGACAAGAAGGCAAAGAAGGGCAAGAGCAAGGCACCAGCAAGCGGGGGUGGAGGCGGGGGCGGGCAGCCCAAGCAGAUGGACACGAGGAAGGCUGACAAGGCGAAGAAGGCGGAACAAGCGCGUCUUGCGGCAGAGGCCCGAGACCUGGAAAUUUUGAAGGGCCUAGAACCUGUUCUGUACCCUUCCAAGGAACAACUCGAAGCCGGGGUGGGGGAACCGUCUCAAAGGAUCGGUGACUACUCGUUGACCCGCAGCGAGCACGAGACGGGGAGGGUCUUCAGCUCUGUCAAGGACUUGGGGGCGCCGGGGGGCGUGCCGGUGGGACGAGAGGUUUGGAUCAGGGGACGCGUGCACCAGGUGCGGGGGAAGGGGGGCUCUGCAUUCCUGGUGGUGAGGCAGGACACUGCUUCCACGGUGCAGGCGGUACACUUCAAGGACAAGGAAAACCCCGAAGAUUCAAGGAGGAUGAUCAAGUUCGUGGGGACUCUGCCCUUGGAGAGCAUUGUGGACGUCAAGGGGCUGCUGGUGGAAGCCAACGUCAAGUCCUGCACUCAGAACAACGUGGAGAUAAAGAUCGACAGCGUGUACGCCGUGAGUCGCGCCAGCUUGUUUCUGCCGUUCAGCGUGGAAGACGCCGCCAGGAGCGAAGAAGAGGUCGAAGCUAGCCAGGAGACCGGACGGCCUUUCCCUCGUCUGGGACAAGACCUUCGACUCGACAACCGCUGGCUCGACCUUCGCACCCCUGCGAACAACGCCAUCAUGAGACUGCAGUCGGGCGUGUGCCAGCUCUUUAGGGAGUCGCUCUACGCCCAAGGGUUUAUGGAGAUCCACACUCCGAAGAUCAUCCCCGGGGAAAGCGAGGGCGGUGCAGGCGUUUUCACCACGGACUACUUUGGCAAGCAAGCUUGCCUCGCCCAGUCACCGCAGCUUUACAAGCAAAUGGCGAUAUCUGCGGAUAUGGGCAGGGUGUUCGAGGUGGGACCGGUCUUCCGGGCGGAAAAUUCCAACACUCGAAGACACCUGACCGAAUUUAACGGUUUGGACCUGGAGAUGUCCAUCACAGACCACUACAACGAGGUCAUCCAAGUGCUGCAUAACACCUUUAAGAGCAUCUUUUCGGGUUUGGAGGAGCGAUAUAAGGACCAGCUAGACGCGGUUCGAAUGCAGUACCCUUCCACGGCCGUGCGCGUGACGGAGGAGCCUUUGGUGGUGCACUGGGAGGACGGGAUCCAGAUGCUCAGAGACGCGGGUCACGAGGCCAAUGACUUUGAUGACCUCUCGGGCGCGCAAGAGCUGGCUCUGGGGGAGCUAGUGGCAGAGAAAUUCGGGUCUGACUUCUUCUUCCUCGACCGGUUCCCCACCCAGAUCAGACCGUUCUACACCAUGCCUUGCCCUGACGACAAGAGGUAUUCGAACUCUUACGACCUGAUUUUGCGGGGGCAAGAGAUCUGCUCAGGGGCACAACGGUGCCACGACGCCGACAUGUUGAUGCAGAUUCUUGAGGAGAAGGGGGUGCCGGCAGAGCCACUGUCCGACUACAUCAACGCCUUCAGACACGGCUGCCCUCCUCAUGGCGGGGGUGGCGUCGGACUGGAGCGCAUAGUGUUCCUCUACCUUGGCCUGGACAACAUCAGAAAGGCAUCCAUGUUCCCCAGAGAUCCCAGCCGCUGUUCUCCUUAAGAGUUGCA